UUAAUGUUACAUAUUUAGAUAGAGUAGCUUCCCUUUCAUCUUGUAAACAAAUAUGAUAAACUAAAAGAACGAUACACACGUGCUAGAAUAACUUACAAUUUCUAUAAAAAUCUACUGCUUCAACUCUUUAUUGUUCCUCUAAAAUAAUGGCUGGAUUAGAUUUUGCAAAACGUAUGCUGAAAAAACAAGGCUGGACAGAAGGCUCAGGACUGGGAAAGAAAGAAAAUGGCAUGUCUGAACCUAUCAAAGUUUCCCUCAAAAUGGACAAAGCUGGAGUUGGCCAUGACCCAGGCAAAGAGUUUACAGAUCACUGGUGGUUAAGGGUUUUUAAUGAAGCUGCUCAAAAGAUUGGAAAACAAAAGGAUGACAAGGAGCAAAAACCCAAGACCACAUCAGUAAAUGUUUAUAAGGGAUUUGUUCAGAGCUCAACAUUAACAAAUGGUGUAGAAGAGGAUAACAAAAAUGACUCAGACUCCAGUGAAGAUGAACCAGGAGAAGCUGUUAGCAUACCCACUUUGGAUGACAUUCACAAGUUUUGUGGUGGUGCAACAGGACACAGGGCUGCAAUGUUUGGAAUAAAAAUGAAAGGGAAAUUGAGCAGAGUUGCAGCGCAAGAUCAGAAAUUUGAGGAAACUUUAAACAGAAAAAAAUCAUCCAAGACAAAUGAAACUGCUGAUAUAAAUCCUAAUGUUGAAGUAACAGAAGGUAGAGUCUCCAAGAAAAAGAAGAAGAAAAAGAAGUCAGCAGAUGAAGAUGUCAACAGCCAUAAUAGUAGUUCUACAAGUCCUGCUGAAGUAUAUGGUAAAGAAGAAAUUAAUCAAAAUAUAGAGAAGAAAAGGAAAAGUAAAAAAAGGACAGUUGCUUCUGAAGAUAAGGAAGCUUUAAGCAAUGUUGAAGUCACAGAAACAGUAACAGAAACAUGUAAAAAGAAGAAGAAAAAGAAGAAAAGAAAGUUGGAAGAUGAAUGUGAACCUAGUCUAGACUUAAUGACACAAGAACAGAAUGAGACAACAGCAGUAGAUCAUCUAGAAGUAAUUAAAAGAAAAAAGAAGAAAAAGAAAGAAAAGUUAUGAUGACAAUUAUAGUUUUAGGUUGCUAAAAAUUAUAAUGAUAUAUUUAAUUAUUACAACAAAUGCUUUUAUCUGUUAAUGACUAAAUACUAAACUGAUACUGUAAUUAGGCCUUUAUUGCUUGUUUCUGGUUAUUCACCAUUUAAUUUUGACAAAAUGAAAUUUUAUGUACAUUUUUUAUUCAAUUAUAGAUUUGGAUGUUACUUUUGAAACAUAAUAUACUUAAAAUGUGAAUAACAAAAAUAUGAGUUACCGUAAAUAAAUAAAGCCCUAAAUAUGACACA